AUGGCAUGCCGGCGCCUUACGGGAGGGCCUGUACGAACUGUGCCCGCGCUAAGUGCAGGUGUAUUUACCGGUCUGGCGGAACAGACUGUGAAAGAAUGUGUGCCCUCCGUUACCAUCCGGAAGCGCAAUGGCAAGAGGGCUCAUGUUUCCCGCGCUGCCCAGUUGGAGGCAAAGCUUGAAGAUCUCGUUACCCUGCUCCGGCACCAGGCCACCCCGACAGACAAAGGGCCGCCCGGCGACGGUGCCGGUAAUGCCGCCACGGGAACUCCUACUCUGAGCUCUCGCUCAACGAUGAGCGAAUCUGAGGAAAGUACCCCCCACUCGGCUGCUCACGUUGUCCUGCCGGUCCAACAAAUCGAUCGUGGCCCUGGGAAAGACCUCCAAUCCCUUGCGCCCCGCCCUCCCCUCGGAAGGGCUUUCCAACCCCCAGCUCGAGACCUGUUGGCAGCGGCAAAAGAACUGCCCUCCAUGCCCUCUUGCAUAUACCAGCCGACCCCCUUUGAAGCCGUCGAGGAUCUCAACACAUUCCGCAAGUACAUGCUCAUCUUCCUACCCCUGGUACACUUGCCUGCCACCAUGACGUCCGAGAUGCUCAAGGAGUCGUAUCCGUUUUUAUGGUUCAGCAUCAUGACUGUGACCUGCAAGAACGUGGAUCGCCGCCUUGCCAUGAAUGAAGCCGCAAGAAAGUUCCUGGCCCAGAAGAUGGUCGUCGACCACGAGAAAAGCCUUGACUUGCUUCUUGGCCUGCUUGUCAUCAUGGGCUGGGCGCAUUACUACCUCAACAAGGACAAACCAAUACUCUCCGUUAUGGCGUCUCUCGCCAAGUCUCUAGUCUUUGACCUGUCCCUCAACAAGGUCCCGAGCGAGUCAUACGUUUCCUCUUGCUUGAAGACCCCGUUACACCCGCCCGUAAAGGAGAAGACACUCGAAGAACGGCGAGCCGUUCUAGCAUGCUUUCUUGUUACCUCACAAAUAUCUCAUUCCAUCAAGCGAAUCGACGCGCUAGCAUGGACGCCUCAUAUGGACGAUUGUCUCCAAACGCUCUCGCAGCAAAGAGAGUGGGAAGGAGACGACUUACUGGUGGCCCAAGUCAAGGUCCAACUAAUAGCCGACCAAGUGACUCGCGCCGCGUCUCAGUCUGCGGAUGGCAUUCCUCCAGGCUACGUUCGCUCUGCCCUCCGGACUCAGCUGCAAACCAUGAGAGCUCAGCUUCCACUCCAUCUACAGCACAACGACACUAUCCUCAGCCACAUAUACUACACUGAACUCGCCAUCCACGAACCUGCCAUCUCUGAACCAAAAUCGACUUUUAACCCCAUUAUGUCCAGCAUGAACCGUUAUGAGGCGAUGGAAGCAUGUCUCGAUGCUGUCCGAGGCUGGUUCGAUAGGCACUUUUCUAUCCCUAGCUAUGUCUACAUUGGCAUGACGUUUGCCUACUGGUGGAACCUAGCCCACUGCCUCCUCACACUCAACAGGCUCUCGAUCCUUGACGAGACGGCUUGGAACCGCCGCGCCGUGAGAGACCGAAUCGACCUGCUCGCCACUCUCGAUCAAGUCAAGGCCGGAUUUGACGAGAUCGCAGCGCAGCGGCGGCUCGAUACUGGCCCAACAGUUGAUGACGAUCCCUUUUCCAAGUUCUCCAAGAUGGUCCGAUCAAUGAAGGCAAAUUGGGCCCCUGAACUAGCCGCAACUGAGGGGAACCCGGGCUCGACCGCACCCACAGCGGCGGAAGCGUUUAUCGACAACAGCACCGAGGGGUUGAGUGUGCCGUUCUUUCAGCCCGAAGACGGUGAGACAUGGAUGGCUGGCCUCUCUGGGCUUUUCGACAUGAACUGGGACGCAUAA